AUGUGUGGCAUCCAUGUCAUCGUUUCUCGCGACGGCUUCCAGUCACUGCCAGCGACUACCAGGACCUGCCUGUGCAGCCGUGGCCCGGAUCAUCUCGGCGAGGUUCAGUCCCAGACAAGGAUCUCGAGCCCCGAUGCAAAGCCGGUGUUCUUGAACUUUACGUCGACCGUCCUGGCCUUGCGCGGUGACCACGUCACCAAGCAGCCAUUCCGCGACGCGUCCUCUCAGUCUGUUCUCUGCUGGAACGGUGAAGCUUGGAAGAUUGCAGGCGCACCCGUUCAAGGCAACGAUGGCGAGGAGAUAUUCUCUCUGCUCAAGGCGGCUAGUGGCCGCGAUGCCAACGAGGACCAAGUUCUGAACGUGCUGCGUAGCAUCGAGGGGCCUUUCGCGUUUGUCUACUUCGACGCCGCCGCGUCCCGCAUCUACUACGGUCGCGAUCGCCUCGGUCGACGAUCUUUGCUAUUGAAUCAACAGGAGGGUCUACGGCUGUCCAGCAUUGCUGAGAGCACGUCGCCGGAAUGGGCCGAGGUGGAGGCUGAUGGUAUCUACAUACUGGACUUGGUAGGAUGGAGCCGAGACCCGAACAGUCCAUCUUCCCCUCGGUCAUGGACACCAGGUGAGGCUGAAACGGUUCUCAACAUCGGCGUCUUCAACAUGACUCUGCCGUCCCCGGACACUCAACCGCUGUCGGCGUCGUCACCAUCAGUCCAUGCCGUGCGUGAGCAAUUAGCAGAGUCGCUCAAGCUGCGCGUCUUGAACGUCCCUGAACCGCCGGCUCGUGAGGCGAACAACGACACGCGGAUUGCCGUCCUGUUUUCCGGCGGGUUGGACUGUACGGUUCUUGCGCGCAUGGCAAGCGAUCUUCUGCCCUCUGAACAGGGUAUCGACUUGAUCAAUGUCGCCUUCGAGAAUCCUCGUUUGGCAGCCAAGGCCGAACAGUCUCCCGAUGGCCUGAGCUUGUACGAGGCGUGUCCUGACAGGGUCACUGGUAGGAAGUCAUUCGCCGAAUUGGCCGCUGUUUGUCCUGCCCGCCAUUGGAGGUUCGUUGCCGUGGAUGUUCCCUACCAAGAAGCGCUUGUUCAUCGGAGCCAAGUGAUCUCCUUGAUGUACCCCCACAACACUGAGAUGGAUCUCUCCAUCGCAUACGCCCUCUACUUUGCCGCCCGUGGCGUGGGCAUGUCGCAACGCCAUCCAUCAGACGCUGCCACCCACUAUGCCACACCAGCGCGAGUCCUCCUCUCCGGUCUCGGUGCCGACGAACUCUUUGGCGGCUACGUGCGACAUGCCACCGCCUUCUCGAGGAGAGGCCACGCGGGUCUGCUCGACGAGCUUAAGCUGGACGUCGGUCGACUUGGAAAGCGUAACCUGGGACGCGACGAUAGGGCCAUGGCUCACUGGGGUCGCGAGGUGCGGUUCCCUUACCUCGACGAGGAGUUCGUCAAGCGGUCGAUGGAAACCCCGGUCUGGGAGAAGUGCGACUUCGGCUUUACCGAAGCAGACGCAGAGAUUGAGCCCGGGAAGAGGGUGUUGCGGCUGCUCGCCGAAGCGCUCGGCAUGGCGUCAGUCUCGCGGGAGAAGAAGAGAGCGAUUCAGUUCGGCUCGAGAACAGCCAAGAUGGAAAGCGGCAAGACAAAAGGGACAACGCUCAUUGCCCCUUGA